CGAGGCCGCCUCGCCGUCCCCGCCACCGCCACCGCCCCAUCAUAAAACACACGCGCACCCGCACUCCCGGCCUCCUCAUUCCUCCCGUCACCUAGCCUAGCUCCACCUCCACCUCCGUCGUGCCUCGGCUACCUACCUCAUUCACCCGCCAUGGCCGCCGCCGCCGCCGCCGGAUCGGCCGUCUUCCCCGCGCAGCGGCUCCAGGUAAGCAGCCGCCGGAGCGCGGCGUGCUUCUCGAGGCAGCAGAGCUUCCCGUCCAUCUCGAUCCGGUCGGCUCCCACCAAGAAGCGCUUCCUCCACCUGGCUUGCUCGGCCAAGCAGGACACCAUCGACAAGGUCUGCGGGAUCGUCAAGAAGCAGCUGGCCGUCGCCGAGGGCACCGUCGUCAGCGGAGAGACCAAGUUCGCCGACCUCGGGGCCGAUUCGCUCGACACGGUUGAGAUCGUGAUGGGUCUGGAGGAGGCAUUCAGCAUCACGGUGGACGAAUCGAGCGCCCAGGAGAUCAGGACCGUGGAGGACGCCGCGUCUCUCAUCGACAAGCUCGUGACAGACAAGGAUUCUUAGAACGACGGCCUCCGUGCCCCUGCCUGAAUAGCUUUUUGGGUGCUCUCCUUGUUGUUGUUGUUGUACUCUAAAUACAGAUAUGAAAUGAUGAACUGGCUGAAACUAGUUAGCCAGGAAGAGGGUCUCUAUGCAGAGGUUGUUUUUGUGUAUGCUAUGCUAUCCCAGAUUGAAUAAGUAAAUGAGGGGAGUAGCACUUCUUCCCUGAGGCAAAGAUUGCUGUUA